UCUCGGAAGUGAAAGUGUGUGUUAGCAGGAAGGGUCAGCCUGUUGAUGCAGGUCAACUGACCUGGUGAGCUCACUGUCUGUUAGCCCAAUGUCGGAGCCUUGUUAGCCCACAGACACUGUCUACCUCCGGCUGUCUCACUCCGGAGCGGCCCACGUUAGCUCCGAGACUCUGCGGUUAUCUACCCGGCGAGUGAGGAGCUGAUCCCCGGCUGACAGCAUUGGAGCAACCCGGCUAGAUUAGCAGCUAAACUAGCAAAACACAGUGGACCUGGGAGCAGUGAGGUGAAGACCUGUGUCAUCAACCAUGGCGGGUGGAAUUACAGAGACCGGGGAACCCUACUCUGCCUUUGUCGGGCUGGUGUAUAUGUUCAACCUGAUCGUGGGCACGGGAGCUCUGACGAUGCCCAAAGCCUUCGCCACAGCCGGUUGGGUGGUCAGCAUAGCACUCAUCUCAUUUUUAGGAUUCAUGAGCUACAUGACCACCACCUUCGUGAUCGAGGCGAUGGCGGCGGCCAACGCUCAGCUGCGCUGGAAAAGGAGAGAGCAGGAGGAGAUCAACGACAGCGACUCCACCUCUGAGUAUUCGGACGAUGAUGUUGUGGGUCGAGGUCGAUCAGAGCCGGAGACAAAGCCCAUCUUGUCUGUUCAGAGGUCAGGAGGUCACGUCGAUCAUUUCGACAUCGUGGAGCGGGUGGAGAUGGGCCAAAUGGCGUCCAUGUACUUCAACAAAGUCGGUGUCAACAUGUUCUACAUCUGCAUCAUAGUCUAUCUAUACGGGGACCUGGCCAUCUACGCAGCAGCUGUGCCUAUAUCACUAAUGGAAGUGGCCUGUGGAAACCACUCGUGCAGCGCUGGAAGUGUCAAGUACAACGACACAGACCCGUGCUGGGGCUCCGUCACAAGGAAAGAUGCCUACAGGGUGUUCCUGAGUGUGUUCGCGGUGAUGUUGGGGCCUUUCGCUUUCUUUAACGCUCAGAAGACCAAAUAUCUGCAGAUCCUCACCUCAUUCAUGCGUUGGAUUGCUUUUACCAUGAUGAUCAUAUUGGCUCUGAUCCGCAUUAGCAAAGGCACCGGUGAGGGCCGCCCACCAGUCGCCUCCUUAUCCGGAGUCCCCAACCUGUUUGGGGUGUGCGUCUACUCCUUCAUGUGCCAGCACUCCCUGCCCUCCCUGGUGACGCCCAUCUCUGAAAAGAAACGAGUCGGCACCCUGGUGUUGGCGGACUACACCCUCAUCCUGGGCUUCUACGUCCUCCUGUCGUUCACCGCCAUCUUCUGCUUUGACAGCUCACUGCUGCACGACAUGUACACCCUGAAUUUCACAGACAACUGCGAUGUGUUGAAUAUUCCAUGGCUGCGCUACUUCUUGGGCUUAUUCCCAGUCUUCACCAUCAGCACCAACUUCCCCAUCAUUGCCGUCACGCUUAGCAACAACUGGAGGACCCUCUUCCAUCGUGAUGGAGGCACCUACCCCUGGGUGGUGGACCGUGUCGUGUUUCCUCUCAUUACCCUUGUGCCCCCGAUCGUGGUGGCCUUUUGCACCCACAACCUGGAGUCCCUGGUGGGCAUUACAGGAGCUUAUGCUGGCACAGGGAUCCAGUACAUUAUCCCAGCCUGCCUUGUUUAUUUUGGUAGACGCCAUCUUGAGCCCGUGAUGGGCAGAAAUGCCAUCAACAAGCACCAGUCUCCCUUCCGCCACGCCUUCUGGGUGUGGUUUGUUUUGCUGUGGGCCGCCUUCUGCCUCAUAUUUGUCACGGCCAACAUCAUCCUGAAUGACACCAAGAAAUGAGAACUCAUCGUUCCCAAAACUUUCAAAAAAACUAACAGUCGGCCAGUUUCUUUGUUCCUGUUCUCGAGGCCUUACUUGCUGUUGGUUGGACAGUGUGCCUUUUUAUGGGACUUUUGUUGCAUAAAUUCAAUGUAAUUUAGAGUAAUUUAUCAAAUUUGUUAAAAGGGACCAAAUGUCACGUGUUUAUGUUCAUUAUAAAAAAGAUAAAAGCUGGAAUAGUACAUGGAAAUACUAAAAGGGAAGUUAUUUAAAUUAGCUUUUGUCAACAAACACCUAAAAUAUCUCAAGAUAUUGCACUUGUAUAACUUUAUAAAGAUCGGGUCCAGUAUGCUUCAAACUAAAUAAUUCCUCUGGAGCAUGUGCUAUUCACACAUGUAUAAACUGCAGAAAUGCUCAUGUUUUCACAGGUUGUUGGUGUUGGACAGUUAUAGAAAUUGUCCGACACCGGAACAAGAUGUGUCAGACACUGUUAAACUACGCCUUUGCUCAAAUCUCCAACUAUAAGAAAGUUAGGGUUGUGGUCCUGAAUGAUCCAAUAGACCUUCAGCGCAGAAUGUUCUAAUAAAAAUAUAUUAGAGCAAUUCAAAGAGCCGAGUAGCGACAAGAAAAAGGGCCUGUCACAUCCAGACUCGUGUCCGGUUGCGGAACUGCUUGGCAACAAAAUCAACAGAAGAAGAGAAACGGACGCAUCGGGGAUGAUAAGUCUUUCGUGGCUGACGUGUUUCCAUUCGUCAGCGUUAGUGGCCUACGAUCUCCUCGUCCCCCUCGUGAACAAUGAAGCCCCGUGCGUGACAGAUCCAGACAGACAGGCCUCCAGGAAGAGCUACAUUUCUGUUUAUCACCAGUAGUUCACACACAGGGCAUGUCUCUCGUCUUUUUCUGCUCCUCUCCCCCUCCCCUCAUGACUCUGACAGGCUCGUACUGUAUCUAUCACGCCGCCCAUCACCUGACAAGUUAAUCGUGAUCUACAGCGCUUCUGCUCUGGCUGUGGGGAAGCCAUCAGUGACCCAAAGUGAAGGCUGCUACCGGGCCCACAAUAACUCCACAGCUUCAACGCCACACUCUGUGCUAUAUGUCCAAUAACGCUGACUUCACUGACACUUGGCAGCUUUCUCGUCUAUUGCCCUCACAUUUCCAUCUUUGUCCCGUCCAAUGGUCCUGUCUCUUCGGUUUUCCUUAUUCGUAAAGUACCUCUUAAAGUCCCGGUAUAUAAAACAUAUUUUAUUGAUUAUCUUUGGCGGAGUUUACAGUGGAGGUGCAUGAAAUCUAACUCGUGGUUCUUUCCCUGCAUCUCGUUUGGACUGUUCUCUUCGUUCAGAGAAAGUAGCUCCAAACUACAGGUGACAAAAUUAAAGCUAAAACCAACUUAAGUUGUUGGUAAUGUGUCGUGGCUCCUCAGGCCACCAGAACAGCAUCAACACGCCUCGGUGUUGAUGCUACAGAAUCUCCAAUCUUUUCUAAAAGGUAUUCCCACUGUUACAAAGAAGACAGGAACUCAGGGGAAGGGAUUCAAACACAGACACUCAGAGGCAGGCUGAUGAAGGGAGGACAGUUUAAUGGGGAAGAGAAAACGCGCAGAUGUUUAAGAACAGAAAGGCGAGAUGAGAUGAGAGGUACCAGUAGGAAGUUGUACAUGAACUGUAAACCAAGGACACAAGGGAACAGGAUCACAAGCAGAUAAACAAUGAAAACAUUCAGGAACCUCUACAGGCAACUAACGGACGAAUACAAAAAAACGUUACUAUUAUUAUGUAUCCUGAAGGGGGCAAGUUUAUUACCUAUUCUGCAGCCAGCCACCAGGUGGUAAUUGAGACAUUUUUGGGGAGCUGCCAAGUCGGACAUCUUUAUCUAUGAUAUCUAUGAUGUCGACAGGACUGCGAACCAAACGCAGUGUGGUUCGCACUCCACGGUGGCGCUAAUGCACCAAUUAAUUUGCCAACCAUAAGUAAACCUCACAAGAAAAAGAUGGAGACCGUUACGCAGCUGAGGUUUAGGUAACUUCCGUUGGAAAGUUAGAUGGCGAAAUGGAGGCUGACACAAUGCAACUGCUUUGUAUUAGAAGGUUUUGAAAAGGACACCGCUGCUGCUGCUGCUUUCGCUCAUGUUUUUUUCAAUAUGGCAGACGAUUUCCUGACGUAGUCAGCAGCUGUGUCAUGACCAGUGUCAUCUUUAAGACUUUUGUUAUGUGUAAAUGAGUGGAACCGGUACUACUUUGUGACUAAAUGCUCCUGCUGUGGAUGGCUCGACAGUGAACCCUCUUUCAAAGUCAUUACGAUUUUUUUCUCUGCCAUUGUGAUACAUAUGGACAGAUAUAGCCACCUCAGCUUUUUUACAGAUGCACGAGGGGAUGUAAAUUGUUGAACUGUACCGUGCGUGCAGUGCAGCUGUAUGGAAGCAUCUGCCUUCGUACUGUUUCUCAACUCAAUCAUCCAGGUUUCACUUGACUACAUUUGUCCCCCGGCUGCAUGAGCGCUGUGUUCUGUGGAUUUCCAGGAGCAACAAGAUAACAAGGACGCUCUGUGGAUCGAGGCACCGCUGUUGUAAAUUUGAAAUGUGAUUUUUCAAACACUUGAGCACCACGUGGAAUGUUCCAUUCACCUCCAGGGUAAACGUGGACAAAUGAACCCAAACUUUCCUCCAUGGCUUGAUACCACUCAUGGUAUAUGAGAAAAUAUUUGUGUUAACUUGCCCUUUAAUUGUUGUUUUGUGUAACAUCACGGAAAGUAAUGAUAUGAUGGGACGGAAGCUGGAUUAUAUACUGAUUCAAACCUUGUGAACAGAUGAUUUGAAUCCUGAUUCAUACAUUGUCACAGCAAAUCCAAAGCUGUUGGAAAUUAUUUUAUUUGAAAUUUUGCACAAGGAGAGAAAACAUAACCUCUUUGAUAGAGGUAAGAACCAACAUUUUAAAUUUGGAUAAUGCAGAUAAUUCUCUACAGAGAAGAAUAUAAAAUUGUGUGUGUGUAAAUGAGAUAUUGAUGUUAAAUGCGUUUUAGAUGACUCUUGUUUAGAGUUGUGAAAUGUGCCUUUUUUUUAACCGUUAAAAAAACGAAUUGACUCUGCUGUUUCUCUUUUAUCGUCUUGUGAAAAAGCAGCUUAUGUGAAAACAUCUGCAUGUGAGUCAUUUCAUUUAUCUGACAAUCGGUGUGUCCACAAAUAUCCCCUGUAACACUUUUUCUAGAAUUUCAAUUCAGUGAAUUUCUUUUCUGUGACUUGUCUAAUUUACAAAUUUUUGCUCCUUUUGUUUACGAUAUGUUGUCCGGCCUGUGACUCUUGUUCAAUUUAUGUGGAUGUUUACAGCUUUAAUUGUUGUUAUAUUUGAUUUUUAAAUGUUUCACUAAGAAAAUAAAGGCUUUAUGUUCAUCUGAACCUCA